CUCUCUCUCUCUCUCUCUCUAGGAGAAACCGCGGAAAAAGAAACCGGAGAGAAAGGGUUCAGUGACUUGUCUGUCUCUGUCUGUCUGUCUGUCUUUCUGCCUGCCUGCCUGCCUGCCUGUCUGUGGUCAGAGCAGCAGACAGGGAAGAAGAAGAAGAAGAAGAAGAAGAAGAAGAAGAAGAAGAAGAAGACCCCCCCCUCCUCCGCUCCGGAGGGUCUCGGUGUGAACAUGGAGCGAACUGGAACUUUCCUGAUGUGCGCGUGUGUUUCUCUGUUCUCUGUGGGACUGACGGGCGCGCGCGCGGACACCUUCAAAGCCUGUCUGUCUGGUCAGUCUCCAGACUGCAACCUGGUCCAAUCCAAAGAGGACGACUUCGACUGGGAGCAGGGAGACACCCGGGACCGUCCCGCCAGCAACCCCUGGAUCCCUGCAGGUUCCUCCUUCCUGUUUGUGAACACGUCGGGUCGUCAUGGCGGCCAACGCGCCCAGUUGCUGCUGCCCCCCCUCAAAGAGAAUGACACGCACUGCGUCAGCUUCCUGUUCUACCAGUGGGGGGGCCGCGAGGGGGCCACGCCCGCCACCCUCAACGUCUACGUCAAAGAAAACAACAGUCCUAUGGGAGUUCCUGUCUUCAACUCGUCAGGCCCCGCCUACCACAUCUGGAAGGGGGUGGAGCUAGCUGUCUCGACUUUCUGGCCAAACUACUACCAGGUGGUGUUCGAGGCUGUCAGCACCGGUCACAGAGGAGAACUGGCCAUCAAGGACAUCACACUGCAGGGACACCAGUGCAUGAGCACGCCUCACUUCCUGCACAUUAAGGGUGUGGAGGUGAACGCAGGACAGACGGCGACGUUUCACUGCACCGUCAACGGACGACCACAGAGCAACUUACUGCUCCACCUGCAGGGGAUGGCUGGUCGUCGGGCGGUUGUCAAGGAAACAAAACCGGUGAACUCGCGGCGUUACGUGGCGAGCUUCGAUGUGGAGAACACGACCAAAGGGGACUCUGGACGCUAUCGCUGCAUCGCCCAAUCAGAGCGAGGCGUAGGCGUGUCUUCAUAUGCUGAUCUCACAGUCAAACAACCUCCGGUACCCAUCGCCCCCCCUCAGCUGACAGCAGUUGGUGCCACCUACCUUUGGAUCCAGCUCAACGCAAACUCCAUCAACGGAGACGGACCGAUCAUCGAGAGAGAGGUGGAGUACCGGACCAUGUCGGGCAUGUUGAUCGACACCACGCCUGUCGAUAAACCCACCCACAAGAUCGGACACCUGGACCCAGACACCGAGUACGAGAUCAGCGUGCUGCUCACCAGGCCCCUGGAUGGAGGCACGGGAAACCCCGGACCACCGCUCCGAGCCAGGACCAAGUGUGCAGAUCCGAUGAACGGGCCGCGGCGUCUCGAGGUCGUGGACGUUCAGUCCAAACAGGUGACGGUGCGAUGGGAACCGUUUGGCUACAACGUGACGCGCUGCCACAGCUACAACGUGACGGCACAGUACCGCUACAGACCAGCAGGGGCCCCCAGCAGGGAGCCAGUGAGGGAGGAGGUGGUGUACGACACUCUGAGCACCGCGCCGCAGCACACCGUACGUAACCUCCCACCGUUCACCAACGUCAGCCUGAGACUCGUCCUCAGUAACUCUGAGGGACGCAAGGAGAGCGAGGAGCUGCUGGUGCUGACGGACGAGGACGUUCCUGGUUCUGUUCCCGUGGAGUCGAUCGUCGGCAGCAGCUACGAGCAGCAGAUCAGUCUGAGCUGGAGGGAACCGCUGCAGACGUACGGCCUCAUUCGACAGUACGAGAUCUCCUACAAGGCCCUGAGCUCCUUCGACACAGAGUUUGACCUGUCCAAUCAGAGCGGCAAGGUGUUCAAACCGGCCAAUGAGACGAGCCACGUGUUUACAGGCCUCUACCCAGGCUCCACCUACUCCUUCACAAUAAGAGCCUCCACUGUUAAAGGCUUCGGACCCCCAGUGAUCACUCAGUUCACCACCAAGAUCUCAGCUCCUCUGAUGCCGGCGUACGAUCAGGAGUCUCCUCUGAACCAGACCGACUCCACCGUCACCGUCCUGCUGAGGCCGGCUCAGAGUCGAGGAGCUCCCGUCAGUAAGUACCAGGUGGUGGUGGAGGAGGAGCGCCCCCGCAGGCAGAGGAGAGGUACUGCAGAGAUUCUGCGCUGUUAUCCGGUGCCCAUCCACUUCCAGAACGCAACGCUGCUCAACUCACAGUAUUACUUCAGCGCUGAGCUGCCGAUGAGUGAGCUGAGAGCGGCCAUGCCCUUCUGCGUCGGUGAUAACAGGACCUACAGCGGUUACUGGAACGCUCCUCUGCUGCCUCACAAGAGCUAUGGGAUCUACUACCAGGCUGUCAGCUCCGCUAACGGGGAGACAAAGAUCGACUGUGUGCGAGUCGCCACUAAAGCUGCUAUAAUCGCCACGCAGCUCACCACACCGUAUGUUCGCAUCGCGCCGGCGGCUGGCGACAAGCAGCUGACAGGAGCUGCGACCAGGAAACCAGAACCAGAGCAGGAGAACCAAUCGGAUCACACGGUGAAGAUCGCCGGGGCCAUCGCUGGCAUCCUGCUCUUCAUCAUCAUCUUCCUCGGGGUCGUCCUGCUGAUGAAGAAACGACGAAGAAACUCUCAGUCCUACACUUACUACCUGAAGUUGGCGAAGAAGAGGAAGGAGACUCUGAGCUCCAGACAGGAAAUGACUCUGAUCGUCAACAACUCCCAACACACAACCAUGGUGGACACACACUCUCACACACUGAACGGACGGACUGUUUCGUCGCCGUCCUCCUUCACCCUGAAGACAAACACCAUCAGCACCAGCGUCGCCAACUCCUACUACCCAGACCCUUUCGUACCGACGGCCAUACUGGUGCCCAUUAAUGACGACAGUCACACGAUGACCAGUGAGACCAGCAGCCUGGUCCAGUCCCACUACAAGCAGAGGGAGUCCGAGCGAGAUGCUCCGCCCUAUCAGACGGGUCAGCUGCACCCGGCCAUCAGGGUCGCUGACCUCCUGCAACACAUCACACAGAUGAAGUGUGCUGAGGGGUACGGCUUCAAGGAGGAGUACGAGCUCAACGAGAGUUUCUUUGAGGGACAAUCAGCUCCGUGGGACUCAGCCAAGAAAGAUGAGAACCGCCUGAAGAAUCGCUACGGAAACAUCAUCGCCUAUGACCACUCUCGUGUACGUCUGCAGCCUCAGGACGGAGAAAGUGGCUCUGACUACAUCAACGCCAACUAUGUUGACGGAUACCACCGACCCAACCACUACGUUGCUACCCAGGGUCCUAUGCAGGAGACGGUGUAUGAUUUCUGGCGGAUGGUUUGGCAGGAGAACACUGCUGCCAUCGUCAUGGUAACCAACCUGGUGGAGGUGGGGCGGGUGAAGUGUUGUAAGUACUGGCCAGAUGACACAGAGAUCUACGGCGACAUGAAGGUGACGUUGAUCGAGACUCAGCUGCUGUCGGAGUACGUGAUCCGGACGUUCGCUGUGGAGAAGAGGGGAAUGGCAGAAAUCAGGGAGAUCCGUCAGUUCCAUUUCACCGGUUGGCCCGACCACGGCGUGCCGCUCCACGCCACCGGCCUGCUGGGCUUCAUCCGCCGCGUCAAGGCCAAGACUCCGCCCACUGCCGGCCCCACAGUGGUGCACUGCAGUGCGGGGGCGGGGCGUACAGGUUGUUUCAUAGUGAUUGACAUCAUGCUGGACAUGGCGGAGAGAGAAGGCGUGGUCGACAUCUACAACUGUGUCAGAGAGCUGAGAGCACGAAGGGUUAACAUGGUCCAGACUGAGGAACAGUACGUCUUCAUCCAUGACGCCAUCUUGGAGGCGUGUCUCUGCGGGGACACGGCGAUUCCAGCCAAUCAGCUGCGGUCGGUUUAUUAUGAGAUGAACCGAUUGGAUCCUCAGACCAACUCCAGUCAGAUCAAAGAGGAGUUCAGGACUCUGAACAUGGUGACUCCGACGCUGCGGGUGGAGGACUGCAGCAUCGCUCUGUUGCCUAGGAACCACGAGAAGAACCGCUGCAUGGACGUGUUGCCUCCGGACCGCUGCCUCCCGUUCCUCAUCACCAUCGACGGCGAGAGCUCCAACUACAUCAAUGCUGCGCUGAUGGACAGCUACAAGCAGCCGUCGGCCUUCAUCGUUACCCAGCAUCCUUUACCCAACACGGUGAAGGACUUCUGGCGUCUGGUCCUCGACUAUCACUGCACGUCCAUCGUCAUGCUGAACGAUGUGGACCCCGCCCAGCUGUGUCCUCAGUACUGGCCGGAGAACGGCCUCCACCGUCUCGGAUCGCUGCAGGUGGAGUUUGUCUCUGCCGACCUGGAGGAGGACGUCAUCAGUCGCAUCUUCAGGAUCUACAACACGGCCAGGCCUCAGGACGGGUACCGCAUGGUGCAGCAGUUCCAGUUCCUGGGUUGGCCCAUGUACCGGGACACGCCCGUGUCCAAGCGCUCCUUCCUCAAACUGGUUCACCAGGUGGACAAGUGGCAGGACGAGUACGACGGAGGAGACGGACGCACGGUGGUGCACUGCCUUAACGGCGGCGGUCGCAGUGGCGUGUUCUGCAGCAUCAGUAUCGUGUGUGAGAUGUUGCGGCAGCAGCGCUGCGUCGACGUGUUUCACGCCGUGAAGACGCUAAGGAACAACAAACCUAACAUGGUCGACCUGCUGGAACAAUAUAAAUUCUGUUAUGAAGUCGCUCUGGAAUAUCUGAACUCUGCUUAGCUUCAGCAAGAGACUCUUCAUCUGUGAGGAGGAGGAGGAGGAGACGAAGGAGGAAGAGGAGGAGGAGACGGAGGAGGAAGAAGAGGAGGAGGAGACGAAGGAGGAAGAGGAGGACAUCAACUACUGACUGAGGGUGGAGAGGAAGAGGAGGAGGAGGAUGUUUUGCACUGCCUUGUUGGACACAGACUCACGUUGUUUCUCACCUUGUGUCAUGUUGUUAUUGUUGUUGUUGUUGUUUUUAUUGUUUUGUUGUAUUGAUGAAACCAAAACUUCUGAUCGAUCGUCAGGUUUAAAUGAUUUGUCCAUUUAUCAAUAACAACUUUUAAUAAGUGACGUGUGCAGCUGCAGCAGGACUGGUCCUGAAGGGUCGUCACGCUCGGCCAAUCACACGUGAGCUGCGUGGACCGAGAACUGAGCCCUGAGGGACACCAGGAAGUAAAGAUGGUUUCAACCAGAUGAUCAGAUCAGAUCAGAUCAGAUUGAACUCUGAGCUGAGCUCAGCGGUUCAUCUUCAUCCUGACGAAACCACCUUGAAGACCACGUUGUUUCCAUGGCAACUCAUUCUGCUGAUGACAACGGUGUGAUUUGGUCAAAAGCCCAAGAGAAAGUAACUCAGUCGACUUGAGUUGAGAAGCUUCUGUCAUCAUGUUUUUUUAAUUUCCUCCCAGUAAGGUGUCGCUCCGUCUUCUUCGUUGGUGCGUGACGACGCUACAGACGGAUCAUCGUGUACAUAGAACAGGAGGCAGGAAGCAGGAAGAAUAUUUAUUCCUUCAGUGUCGUCGUCAGUCUCAUGAGGCACCAGGCAAGAGAGAGAGACAAUCACGAGGCACAUUUUAAUAUUCACCACCAGUUACACCUGGAGACUCUGCAGACACAUGGCUCUGGGCUGGUCCAACCCUGGUCCCACAUGGCUCUGGGCUGGUCCAACUCUGGUGACACAUGGCUCUGGGUUGGUCCAACUCUGGUGACAAAUGGCUCUGGGUUGGUCCAACCCUGGUCCCACAUGGCUCUGGGCUGGUCCAGCCCUGGUCCCAAAUGGCUCUGGGUUGGUCCAACUCUGGUGACAAAUGGCUCUGGGUUGGUCCAACUCUGGUGACACAUGGCUCUGGGUUGAUGCCAUGUGAGGUAUGUUUGUAGUGUUGAUUGAACCCUGUUGAUAAAUUGCUCUGGUGCUGAUGAGAACAUUAUUGUGAUGAAUUUUAUUUAUGUUGUAUGAUUCCAGAAUAUUCCAAAUAAAAAUCUCUACACACUU